GGAGCAUCGCACCGUCCCAGUAUUCCCGCAUUCCAAGAAUAUCCCGAGCGGCGAGAUCGCUUCUUCGUCUUCCUCCUCUCCGUCGUCCGUCCUCACCGCGUACGCGAAAGCCAAUGGCCCGAAUCGAUCACGACCGUCCGCUCCUCGCCCCCGACCCCCCGACGCCGCUCUCUGAUGGCAUGGCCGCGAAGCCCAGGGGCGGGGCCCGGGUGCUCUGCUUCAUCCUCCAGACCUUCGUCAUGGCCGUCGCCCUCGCGCUCUUCUUCCUAUUCGCUGGGGUCGCCGCCGUCGUCCUCCUCCACCUGUGCGUCGCUGGACGCGCCUUCCGUCGCCGCCGUAGCGGCCGCCUUUAUUCGGUCGCGGUCUACGACGCCCCCGACGCUGCCCCUGUGCCCGCCGGCCUCUCGGCCGCCGAGAUGAAGGGGCUCCCGAUGUUCGAGUACUCCGUCAUGUCGGCGUCCUCCCCGUUGCGUCCGCCUAUUUGCGCGGUGUGUUUGGAGGGGUUCAAUGAGGGGGAGAGGUGCCGAGCUCUGCCCCCGUGCGGGCACGUGUUCCAUGCCCCCUGCGUCGACGGGUGGCUCGUGAGGUCGCCGGGUUGCCCGAUCUGCCGCGCUCGCAUUGGCGCGGCAGCGUCGGAGCCUUCGAUCGGCCGGACGGCCGGUGGGGUGGGUUCGAUCGGUGGAUUUUUGUAAGUAAUUUCUGUUCGCUCGUGCUAGGGUUUCGUCAUCCUUGUGCAAAAAAAAAGGUUCCUUUCUCUCUUAACUUAGCUUCUUCUGAAACCAUUGUCCUUGUGAAGCUGACAACUCCUGCAAUUUAGAUCUUUUGGUGCAUUUGAUGAGUUCCUUUCACUCUUAAUUUGAGUUUCUGUCCCAAAAAAAAAAAAGAUUUGGAAGAUGGAAUCAGUGAUGUUGUUAAAAGCAAUAAUUUUUCUGUCAAGAGCAGGUUUUUGUGAGCAAUCAAAAAGUAAGCCUCAUUUGCCAUUUAUCAUUGUUGUAAAUGAUGAAUAGAAGAAAAAGGUUCCUUUCUCUCUUAAUUUAGCUUCUUCUGAAACCAUUGUCCUUGUGAAGCUGACAACUCCUGCAAUUUAGAUCUUUUGGUGCAUUUGAUGAGUUCCUUUCUCUCUUAAUUUGAGUUUCUGUCAAAAAAAAAAAGAUUUGGAAGAUGGAAUCAGUGAUGUUGUUAAAAGCAAUAAUUUUUCUGUCAAGAGCAGGUUUUUGUGAGCAAU